GAGUCUUUCCAGCGUAUUAAGUUGAAGCUCAAUCAGGAAAGAUCCUGAUCAUACUUCACUUCUGCUGAUUUCCUGAGAUGGUGUUGAGACUUUGUAGGCUUGGACCUUAAAAUGGAUGCAGGUUAUGUUGCUUAGCAGUGUGACCAUGGCUUCACAAUUUGAGGGAAUCAUCUACAUGCUGCAGGUCAUAUCUGUGUUCUUAAAGAUGCUUUCAUGUAUGAAAGUCCAACUGAAAUAGCAAACCUAACCUCCACAGAGAAGUUUGAUGCAGCCCUGGCCAUUCAUCUUUACAAAGGAGGCAGACUCCUGCAAGGUAGCAGAAUUCCUUUUGGAAUCAUCUUUGGUGGGACAGAUAUAAAUGAAGAUAUCAGAUGUGAAGAGAAACAUCGGGUAAUGGGAGCAGUGCUAGGAGAAGCCAGGUUUGCAGUGGCUUUCACGGUGAAAAUGAAGGAACUGGCAGCAGCAGAGUGGCCAGAUGCUAGCAAGAAAAUAUACGUCCAAACUCAAGGAAUUAAGACUAUGCCUAGUGAAACAUUUGACUGGUUUAGAUUUCUACAAAACGCAGACAUUCCUACAGAUAAAGGCAGUUUACAUAUGUUUCUUUUGGUAUGCGGACUUCGAAGAGUCAAAGACCCUCUGUAUUUAGUAGAUGUAUUUUCAGACUGGCACAGAAAGGAUCCCAGUGUCCAUCUGGGCAUAGUUGGACCUGCGGUUGAUCCACUUUUUACAAGUGAAGUUAAAGAAAAAGUUAAAAGGACACCUGGAGUACAUUUAUUACAGGAGAUGCCACAGGAUGUUCUUCAUGCUGCUAUGAAAAGGUGCUUUGCUGUGGUGAACAGCUCCGUUUCAGAGGGGAUGUCUGCUGCAAUUCUGGAGGCAAUGGAUUUAGAUAUUCCAGUGCUGGCAAGGAACAUUCCUGGGAAUGCAGCAAUAAUAAAACAUAAGGAAACUGGACUGCUAUUUUCAGAUCCCCAGGAGUUUGUUGUGCUGUCCAAGAGUUUGAUGAAUGACCCCAUUAUGGAAAGAGAAAUUGUAACAAGGGCCAAAGACUACGUGAAGAAACAUCAUUCAUGGGAAAGUGAAAGAAAAGCCUAUCAGAAUCUUGUCCUAAGCCUCCAGUGAAUUGCAAGACUACAGCUGAUACCCAGCAGUCUGUGUAGAGCACCUUAAUGAUGGACAUGUAAUUAGAUUUGGGUUUCUCUUGGUUUCUUUUUAGAAGAGAUAGUAAGACAUGCAUUAUUAUUCUAUUCAAACAUACAAGCAUCACAGGAGUUGCCUGCUACUUCAAACUAUCAAAUUUAUCUAAUUCAGCACACUGUCUCUAGUGUACCAAUUCAUCACAGACCAGUAUCAUUUUGUGAGAUCACACAGGAGAAGUACACUCUUUGAGCAGCCACAAAAUUUUUGUUGUUGUAAGGCCUCAAAGGGACGAUUUCUUGUACACAGUGGAAUACUCUACCACAUAGAGCUUACAUCAGAUGUUCUGAUCAUGUUGCAUCCUAACCAAACUGCAGUAGCAGUUUUCUUUCCAGUUGUAGCAAUCUGAAUGUAUUCGGGUACACGUGACAUGCACAUACAUGUUCAUAACACCCAGAUUAGUUACAUAUACAGAGUAUAAAAUUGUUAAGAUGAAAGCUUUCCUAAGACUGAAAGAUCAGUGAGUCUAUUGACUGCACAAUGAUUGGGGGGCCAAAAAGCAAAUGGAGUGUUGAUGCUUAGGGAAAGUGAGGAGUAUAGGGCAUGUUUUGUACUGCCCUGUGAGUACCUAAAUUGCUUUCAGAUAAGCUGAUACGGCCAAACAGUCCUGUGCCUGCAUUUUGUCUUGGGUCCUGGGACUAGCGCAAGGAGGUUGGCACAGCACCUGACAGCCAUACAUGGCUUCAGAUGCCAGAACUGCACAGCACUGCCCGCAGCAGCAAGACGUGCUUGCUGACAGAGAUGAUUUGUUACAUAAACUACCUCUUAGUUUGCCAGUUUCUUUGGUACCUCUGUGGUUACUUAUUUACUAAAAGAUUUGAGAGAGCUGUAAAGGUGGGGUGGGGGGGGGACGGGGAGGUAUUUUCAAUUUACUAUGUAUUUUGGUACUGUUUGUUCUCGUUUGUGGCUUUUAGGUUAUAUUGUGACAUACUGCAGCAGGCUAUUUUAAAAAGACUUAUCUGUGCUUGAAGUCCAUAUUAAUCAUUCCGGCUAGCCCAGCGGUUAUGGACAAUAUCUUUGAAUCCACAAUUGGUCAUCAAAGGACUUACAUUUAUAUCAGAAAAGAGGGUUAUAUUUUUAACUACUUGUUAUUGAGAAACUGUUUGCUUUGUAUAGGCUUGAUCCUACCCCCAUGAGAACCAGUGAGAAGUUUUCUAUUGAUUUGAACGGUUGUUGUACCAGACUUUUCUUUGUAAUAAUGAAGUUCACUGUGUAUUUUAAGCUUUCCCCUUUAUUUUUGAUGUGUUGCAGCUAUUGGGACAGUAAAUGAGAAAAUAAUUUGAAUGUUGUAUAUUGACUUCUCCAAAACGUUCCCCUCCUUUUAUUGUAAUGCGCUUCUGCUCAGCACUGCCUUCGGUAACACAGUCCCCAAGGGCAAAACUGGUCUGAUCUCAAACACAAGAAUUGCUACACUCCCUUUUGAGCACACUUUUCCUAAAUAUUUCUGGUGUGUCUUUUGACAUGCUGGGAUGUUCUCAGUUUAAAAGCCACCAGCCAACAUCUAGUACUGAACCAUUUCUAAAUCUGCAACUGAAUCAGCCGGUUGGAUUUUCUCUGCUGUCUCAGAAGGAGCCAUAUUUCUUUGGACAUCUCUGAUACCAGUGAGUGCUGCAGCCUCUCACGGGAUUGCAGUGUCUCUUUGGGCCACAGCAAACUAUAUACUAAAGGAGGGAGCCCAGAACAUGGAUUUUCAGCAUGAUGUAUGUGGUAUGGGACCUUUAUAGGCAAUAGGAAAAAAAAGACCAUUUAUAGCUCAGCCGACUGCAAGGAGUCU